GCAAGAAGUUUUUAGGUUAGAAUGGCACGUAUCAGUUACAAUUUACUGGAAUUAGACGUCGACAAAUUGUUCGAAGAGCACAAAAUUGAAGAAAUCGUUGAAAUAGAGAAGUUACUUGAUGCCGAAAUUGAACGGAAGCGGGUGGAGCUCCGCUCCAUGGUCGGCGACCGCUAUAAAGAUGUCCUGGCCGCGUCCGACGCCAUCAAAAACAUGAAAACAAUCUCGCAACAGAUCGUAGAUAACAUUCAAAACAUCACCGAUAUUUGCGAGGAUUUGAUCGAAAGUAAGGACGAUAAAGCGGCAAAAACACUACCAGAGAUAGACACGAAAUGUAACGAGGAGAGAGUUUUAAUUGUACAAGUCCGGUUAGCGAUUUUUAUGAAUGAGCAAAUAUGGACUGCACUAGAUGGGGGCGAUAAUUUAACAGCGGCACAAUUCUAUUUAUUGGCACAACACAUCCACAUGGGCUUAAGUUUAACUAAGAAGGAAUAUUUAGAUAAAUUGCCACUCUUGAAGCAAAUUCGAGCCAAUUUGGCGACUCUCCGAGACCAGAUUUUCGAACGGAUUAAGCAAAAGUUGGAGUUUGUCGAAAUUACAGCCGAGGAAACUAGCAGCAAUUUAAACGCUUUGUUGCUCUUGAGAAACCAGAGCGCCACCGAUCUGCUAAAUAUUUUUAUCGAACACCGAAAAAUAGCGCUUAAUACGGUCAUAAAUACGUCUCACGCUAGCGUGCGGCUUCAGAUAAGUGCAAUGGUGCGGUGUCUCAUCACCACAAUUCAUUUACUACACGAUUGUUUCAUGUGUUAUGGUAACAGUAAAAAAGGUUUGAUUUGGCAACAGCUUGAAAACAUCGUUGAAGAUGAGUCAAUUCCGACGUUAUCUAAGGUUGAUCUGCCUGUUACGCCCCUUAUUGCGUACAUUCCGGACGUAAUCAAGCAAUUUCGGCCGAAAUAUAAGAGUUUUGUGGGCGAGUCGGCCCCUGAAAAUGUUAAAUUGGGGGAAUGGUUGGCCAGUACGAAAGAAUCGGUCUGCAAGGGUUUAGAGAGUUCCUUAAAACUUAUAACUAGCGUAAAAGGGUUGCACAUUAUUCGGGAAGAGGCGUUAAAAAUUGAAUUGCCAAGCGAUUGGGAGCGGAUUUGUUCCGAGUCAAAUUUGCCGGAGAAUUUCAACGUAUGGUAUUAUUUCUUCCAAAGUUUAAUCACGAAACGUGCCAGUGAAUUGAUUUCGAAAAAAGUUUCAUGUAUUAUUAAAGAUCUAGAAAGCGAAAUUAGGGAAGUUUUGAGUGGUAAUUUAGGGUCGGAGCAUGGUGAGACUGACUUAAGGUGGUACACCUGGGUAGAGGACCCGACUGACGUUAGCCGCAUUGAAAAUAAACACACCGGUUUGUCAAUGAAAACCUUGGGUUACUCGCAAAACGUCGUAAAUCUUUGCGAGAAACUGGACGGCAAAUAUUUAGAAUUAUUGAUAGACGUGUCUCAGUACUUGUACGGCAAAGAAUUUACUGAUGACGUAAUUAUUUAUCCACAUUUAAAGAGUGAUAGGAAAAAGUUUGUCGAUAGAGAAGAACUAGAGAAUCACCUUCGCCUCGAAAGUACAAAAAAUUCAACAAGUUUAACGUUAUUUUUGCACGAUUUUAUCAAAAGUGAGAGUCACAAAGUGGCAAAGUCGCUGCUUUGUGCCCGAUUUCUGCAAGCAGUGACGAAUUUAUGUCCACAUUUUAACAAAUGUUGCACUUUUAAUGCCUCGACGGAGGACUGGAGCCGGAUUUGUGGCCAUUUCACAAAGUCCAGUGUACAGUUUUGGGAAAAUUGGAUUGAAAGUUGUGUGCAAGAAACCGACAAGCAGGCGAGGAAAUUGUUCAGCGACGUCAGUGUUUGCUCGAUGAUUUCUGUCCUUUUGCGGUGGGAUUCGAUCGAGAUCCAGGAGCAAACCGACGAGAAGAUCUUCAAAUCGCAGAUCAAAGUCCCCCUCAAGCCCUCCCUGACCCUCCACCGCCUCCUCUCCAAACUGAACGACGACCUCAGCCACGUCCUCCCCCACACCCUCCCCAAGCAGGUCCACCUCCAAUUCAUCGAAAAAACCACCGAAACAAUCCUCAACCACUACAAGCUCGCCCUCGACCACAACCAACUCAACCAGAACCAGUCCCUUCAACUCCUCUUCGACGUGAAAUUCGUCACGACGUUCAGUAUUCAGCGAGAAAAUUCGAAAUUAGUUGCGUUGUCGCAAGAAAUCUGUGAUAAACUUCGGGCGAGAAUCGACCCGUUUGACCUCGACGUGUUCUACUCGCACCUGCAGAACAACGUCAAAAGGGCCGUUUUGCAGUCGCAGGCCAUUCUGGGGUGUCUUUUGCCCAGUUCGGCGCAGUUGGCCAACUUGGGGGUGGGCGAGAAGUUUAAAGAGGAGAAGGAGCCGUCGGUGAUGGCUUUGAGCGUCCCUUCGGUGUCUUUUCCGCUGUUUUGUACGUUUGCACACCAGAUUCCGGCACAGAAGGCUCCGGUUGUUGACGUGCAGGAGGUUAAGAUUUGCGGUGAGGGGUUUACGAUUUAAGGGUUUCUUCACCGAAGCUGACGAAAACAACACCAAAAAGGUCUCAAGACCCCACGGCAGCAAUUCGUUCAGGUGCUGCUGCGUUGUUUGGGGGCUUAACAACCGACUGGUUUUCAUAGCAGUGUACUCUGAUCCACAAUUAUACGUUUUUAUACUUGUAAAUAUGUACUCAUAAGCCCCAAAAUGGAAAAUAAAAUGUUUAAUAA